GAGUGGCCGCAGCGCCCGGGGUCCCGCGGUCUGCUCGAGUAUCACGCCGCGCAGCCCUCGCCCCGGCUGCUGUGGCCCUGUCAACGCGUGCCCUGUGCUAGUAGCAGCGGUGAUAGCAGCAGUAACAGCAGCAGUGGUAGCAGCAGCAGUGAUAGCAGCAGUAGCAGCAGCAGCGGUACCCCGUGGGAUGUCCAGCAGCUCGUGGCUCGUGGCGAGGCUGUAGGGGCAUGCGAGUGCAUUGGAGCCUUCGCUGCCUCUCACCUGUCCCGGCACUCACCAGCGUGGUGAAGUAUGGUCAAGUGACACCGGUUACCGCGACACGGCGUGGGGAGGAGGUUGGGGGGGUCCUGCUCAUCCCUGCAGUGGCUUUCACAGCUGAGGCCGAUGCCCACCACUUUGUCUGAAACCGCAUACAAUGUUAACUGGAGGCACAUCAUUUCUAAAGCAGGAAGUUGCAAGCAAAACAUUCCCGAAUUUACGGCAGCAGACGGGGCCAUCAGCCCACACCCCCAGCCCUCACGACUCCCUCGGUCGUGCAUGCGCAGGUUGCGAGGGCUGCUGGCGCCACCGCCGCUGCUGAGCGCACUGCUGUCGCUACCCUUGGUGCCUCUGCGGGAAAGCGGUGAGCGGCGCCGGCGUGAGCGUCCGCCCGGGACGCCCGCCCGUCGUCGCGAUAACGGCCGAACUGCGAGCAGGUGGCAGCGGGCGCUGGAGUGGGUGCGCAGAGCCAUGGGGGAGACGUGGGAGACCGGCAUGGGGGUGUCGGUGGUGCUGGCAACGGUGGUGACAGCGAUCGUGGCGUGGGAGCUCUUCCUGCGCCUCUCCUCGUUCCUGCGGCGGCGCGAUGAGGUGGACCCGGCGCCGCAGGCGCGCAGCCUCUACGACUACGUGCGGGGCAACUACGUGGAGCCGCGCAGCUGCCGCCUGCUCUGUGAUUGGGACGACCCCCACCCCGUGGGCCACACCAUGACUUUCAGCCUGCAGCUGUUCUACAAGAACGGGCAGCCGUGCCCACUGCACCAGGUGGCGAUGCCCAUCAUGUCGGUGCGCCACUGCGACCUGGGCAUGAACGUGCCGCUGGCGCAGGACGUGUCGGCCGCCUCUUUCUUCUCGGCCGCUCACGAAGCCGACACGGCAUCCGAGGAGGUGGAGCGGGAGGGGGAGGAGGAGGAGGGGGAGGAGACUGCAGCGGCGGCGCCGGUGGCGGCGGCGGAGUGCGAAGCGCAGGAAGUGACGUCGGGCAACACGUUGAGGGCGGCGUUCACGGUGCGGAGGGCUGGGCGCUACCAGAUCUCGGUGACAGUCGCAGGGCGGCACGUCGACGGGAGCCCCGCGUUGCGCUCAUUCUCGCCGGGCCCCGUGGUGCCCUCCAAGACGCGUGUGCUGCACCACCUGUCCACGCUGGUGCUGCGCCAGGGCGAGCUGCACACGCUCACGGUGACGCCGCACGACGAGUUCGGGAACCGCACGGCGGUGGGGCUCCAAGAGGAGGACGCCUACAGCCUCUCCCUCACAGCGCUGGGCGCGGUGGAGAACGAGGUGUACCCGGGGGGUGUGUGCUACUCGUAUGAGUUGCAUGCGGCACCUGCACUCUGCCAGCUGUCGCUGCGUGUUGAGGUGCAGCACGUGGGCUGCUUCCGCGCCCGCAUCACCCACCGCGGGGGCCAGCCGCUUGCCAACGGGGACUUCGACAUCAUCGUCCUCACCGAUGAGGAGGUGGCGCAAGUGGACAAGAACGUGCAGCGCACGGGCCUGUCUGUGUACCACGAGGCCUUCCUGCAGCAGGUGCCGAGCUACGCGCACAUCCACUGGGCCCUCCCAGACUGCGGGCCCCCCACGGGGCCCCCCGAGUCGCCCCCCGCCACGCCGGGACCCUCGGCUUCCGCGGCGGCAGCGGCCACGUGGCUUCCCGCGUUGCCCACCUCCCCCACUGUGCUAGCCGACAAGAUGAGGAAAGCCAAGAAGGUCUACUGCUACAUCUCGCCCAAGCAACUCACCAUCAAAGAGUACUACCUGCGGAUCAUUCCCUGGAGGUUGCUCACCUUCCGGGUGUGCCCGGGCACCAAGUUCCACUACUAUGGCCGUGACGCCGCCACGGGUCUGCCGACGCUGGUGAUCGACGACGGCACCCAGCCGCCCGCCGAGCUGGUGCUGCGCGACCGUAACGUCCUCGCCGCCACCUUCACGCGCUUCCUGCUGCGCAGCAUCGGCGGCUCGGAGACCUGCCAGGACAAAAUGGUCUUCUUCCAGCGGGAGCUGCGGAAACUCCACGCGAAGAAGCCUCGCAACAAAAUCUCGCUGCGAGUCUCGCGGCAAUGCCUGCUGGACAGCUCUGUAAAAGCAGUACGCAACUUCUCCUCGAACGACUGGUUCAGAAGUUUCGAGGUCACCUUUGAGAACGAGGAGGCCCUGGACCGUGGCGGGCCACGCCGCGAGUGGUUCGAGCUCAUGUGCAAGGCCCUCUUCGAGCCUGCGAACAAGCUGUUCACGCACUUCGUCGACGACAACCAGGCGCUGGUGCAUCCGAACCCGCACAGGCCGCACCACAUGCGCCUGCGACUGUACGAGCUGGCAGGCCGCCUCGUCGGGAAGUGUCUCUUCGAGACGUCGCUGGGUGACACUUACAGGCAGCUGGUGCGAGCGCGGUUUACCCGCUCCUUCCUCGCGCAGCUCAUCGGCCUGCGCAUGCACUACCGGUAUUUCGAAACGGACGACCCCGAAUUCUACAAGACGAAGGUGAGCUUCGUGCUCAACAACGACGUGUCGGAGAUGGAUCUCACCCUCUCGGAGGAGGUGUAUGACGAGCAGGGCAAGUGUGUGCAGGUGGUGGACCUGGUGCCGGGAGGGUCAGGGAUCAGCGUCACCAACGCCAACAAGCUGGCGUAUCUCAACGUGCUGGCGCAGUACCGGCUCGCCACGCAGGUCCGCACAGAGGUGGAUCACUUUCUCAAAGGACUGAAUGAGAUGGUUCCAGAAAACCUCUUGGCCAUCUUUGAUGAAAACGAAUUGGAGAUGCUCAUGUGCGGCACGGAGGACAUCAGCGUUGACGACUUCAAAGCCAACGCCGUGCUUGUCGGAGCCUCCUGGCAUUUCCGCAAGAAGGUGAUUUUGUGGUUCUGGGCCGUGGUGUCGAGCUUCACGCAGGAGGAGCUGGCCCGCCUGCUGCAGUUCUCCACGGGCUCAUCCUUGCUGCCCACGGGGGGGUUCGCUGCCCUCUCGCCGCCCUUUCAGAUCGUGAGCUCGCCCAAGCACGGGACGCUGCCCACCGCCCAUACCUGCUUUAAUCAGCUCUGCCUGCCCACCUACGACUCUUGUGAAGAGCUGCACAAGAUGCUGCGCUACGCCAUUACGGAGGGCAGCGAGGGUUUCGGGCUGCUCUGACGGCCCCCUACUCUGCCCUGCCCUGUGCUCGCCUCCCCUACUCACCUCAUUGAGCACUGCCCAAUCGCAUCUCUGCCUCAACCUUCAACCGACGCAGCCCUGCGGCCUGUCAUAACGAAUGGCAGCAUUACUCUGCAAGUUUGCUCCGCACGGCCGUUCGUUUGCCGAAAAGAUUGGCCAACGUGCGCAGUGGCGUCGCCACUCGCCAGGAGGGCACGGCUGCCACCCACGGACUCCGUGGCGUCGUGCUUUGUCUUCCACAGCUGCUCUCCGACAUCCGCGGCUUGGGGCUUGUGUGGCGCACGAAGCACUCAGCCCCACCUCGCCUCCCUUCCUCCAUGCCGCCGCCGGCCAACUGGGAUUGUGUUCAAUCGCGAUGAGGAAUUUCGCAACAUAUAUGCAAGCGUGGUGCGUGCGUCUUGUCAGACGUGUGGCAAUUGGCAAGCAAAAUGGCCAUCGUUUGAGGCACACUCUUAGAAACGACCGAAGACAUUUGGGUGUAGCGCUCGUCUCCCCGUCGGUAUAAGCGGUCGCCGUCAAUUUUUUUAUCAUUACUUCUGCGAUGUUUUCUUUAAUGCUCCUCCACCAAAUUCGACGACUCUCGCGGAAUGAACUCAAGUUUGCUUACAAUGAACGGAUGGACGAGCGAACGGCGUCUCUCUCCCAUACUGCCUGUCUUUUACUCGGCACGUGCGAUCACGUGAUUCGUGGGGGGGCGCUCCGCAUGCAGCCGUUGCAUGCCGUGCAUGCGGGUUCGAUGUGUACGUGGGGAGGACAACACGUUUUGAUCAAGAUGCUCCGAGGGAAUUUGCGCAAAAUUUGAUCACCAAUUAUAUCUCGGUCGCGCUGUCAUCCGAGUCAGGUCACAUGGCAUAAGCAUGUCUUGUGGACCACUGUAUUGGCAGUUUAGUGGCGUUUUUAUUUGUUGGUGAGCUAAGAUGAGGAUGAUGAAAUCAAACAACUGGUCUCUUAAUGAGACACCAGACAUUGCUGCAAUUUAGCAAUUUCAGCGUUUUCUACGUGACCAUUUCAAUUUCUCAUUGUUAGGCUCGGCAAAAUGUGUUUUAUUUGAUUGCUCACAAUACUGUCAUUGGUGACCAAGCUGACUUGAGAAUCUGGUUUAAUGUGCCUGGAACCCGGAUUCCAACUCAGCUGUGUGAGGCCGCCGUUGUGGGGGGCGGUGACGCUGCCCAGUGGUAGCGUGUUUGACCGCUUGUUGCAGAGGUUUGCGGUUCGACUCGGUUAGCUGCCCCUGGUUAAUACUGCGGCUUGUGUACUAACCGUAACAAUACUACGCGCCGUCUGCUUCACUCACAGCGGACGUUAAAACAUCCCGGUACGUCGUUUGCAAGAGUAGCAGCGCAUUGUGUGGCCGGUGUCGUGGUUCACGAAUUUUCCACAUUUGAAAAUUAUCUGCAAAUUACUUGAUGGGGAAUAUCGUUGUCAUCGGCAUCGCAGUCUUGGGAGACCAUACUUUCUUGUGCCUUGGAGGCGAGGUCUUAGCGCAACAUCUGCUGUGGCUGUGAAGUCCAAUCCGUGAGAGGCAGGCUCGGUCGCAGUUGUGAAAGUUGUAGGCCAGCUCGGAUGUUGUGGUGGUGUUCUGCUGUUCCUUCCUCUUCGCUCUUUGCUUCUCGUUGGUAAGCCAGAGUUGUUUGGUUUAUCAGCAGCCUGCUGCAAAGUGCCUGUUGCCAGCGACGACGGUCCUGAGCAGCUUCUCCCCAAGUGUUGGUGUUGAUGGUGAAGGGCUUGAGGUCUUACUUGCAGACAUCGUUGUAGCGCAGCUGUGGGCGGCCAAUUGGCCUCUUUCCGGAGGACAAUUCUGCAUCGAGAAUGUCCUUCGGGAUUCGUCCAUCAUCCAUCUGACGGACGUGGCCCCAGCCAGCAGAGACUACGCUGCCUCAGGAGAGAGUACAUACUGGGUAGCUGUGCUCUCUCCAGGACUGCUGGAUGCGUGAUCCUAUCCUUCCAGGUGAUGCCUAAUAUUCGCUCGGACAGCGCAGAUGGAAGUUGUUUAGCCUCCGCUCUUGAUGCGAGUAUGUUGUCCAUGUUUCACUGCUGGUGACGCAGGCUCUGUACACUUGUACCUUUGUGUGGACUGUGAGUUUUUGGUAAUUCCAUACCCUAGAUUUCAGUUUUCCAAAGGUGGAGGCUGCUUUUCCGAUGAAGCUGCUGAGUUCGGCAUCGCGUGACAGGUUCUUGGUGAUAGUGGACCCAAGGUAAGUGAAAGUGCUGACAGCUGCCAGUGUGUCGUUGUUGAUGGAAGGGUCUUGCACCACUGUUUUGGUUUCUUCAGGCUGAUGGUCAGGUUGAAGUCCUGGCAUGCUUGGGUGAAACGGUCCAUUGGGGGUUGUAGGUGCUCCUGGGGGUGUGCUGAUACUGCUGCGUCAUCUGCAAACAGCGUGUCCCGAAUGAGGAGUGGUUGCAUCUUUGUUUUCGCUUUUAACCGAGCAGGCUGAAUAGUUUCCCGUCUGUUCUUGUGUUUAGGUAGAUUCCCUUAGUGGAUGUCCGAAAGGCUUGCCGAAUGAGGAGGGAAAAUAAUAUCCCAAACAGGGUGUGGGUGCCAGCACAUGUCCUUGCUCAACUCCGCCACAGAUUUUGAAAGGGUCUGAAGUAGACCCAUCAAACUAGAUGGUGCCUUGCAUCUUGUUGUGAAAGGACUGAAGAAACGCCGAGGAGUCUUGGGGGGGCAACUUAUCCGUUCGACCAUCUUAAAGAAGCUGCUCCUGCUCACAAGGUCGAAAGCUUUUUUAAAUCCUUUAUAUUAAGUUCAUUUGCUUGCUUGCUUGCGCGUUUACGACCGUGCAAAUAUUUCGGCCGUUUUUUAACCCACUUCCCGUGAUCCAAUCGAGCUGACAUUUUGCACACAGACUCGUUGUGCGUGACAAUUUACUUUCGUGAAAUAUUUUUUCCAAAAUUUUACACUUUUUAGGAAAAAAUAAAUUAUAUUUAAUUACCAAUUGCUUAAUGGUGGCAGGCAAUCAUCUGACCCAUAGGUGGCAGCCAUCUCAAGCCAGAGGACGAGAGGACUCUAGCCGCCACGCAUAUAAAGGAUUUAUAGUGAAAAACUUUGUUUUUACGGGUUAAUUUUUUUGAAGUCAAUGAAGACCGUGUCGAGUGGUUUCCUCUGCUCUCUGCAUUUCUCCUGGAGUUGUCUCAGAGAGAAGGUCAUGUCCAUGGUGGACCUUCCUGCUCUGAAACCUGGCUGUGACACUGGGUAAAGCUUCUCUGCGAGGACCUAAAGUCUAUUUCGUGCAACUACUAGCAAAGAGCUUAACCAGUGACAAUACUGGCAUCUCUCACGUUCUGUGGGACAGUACCAUCCCUCCGUCACAGACAGAGGAGCUCGUGGAGUUGGUGAAGAGCAGGUUUCCCAAAUUUGAGGGCUUCAGCUGUGAUCCCAUCACUGCCUGGUUCUUUUCCACUGGCCAAGCUGACGAUUGCCUUGCUGAGUUCCUUAGUUCGUUCUUUGUCGAGCUCCUCCAUGGUGGGUUGAUGCUCCACAUGGCCAAGUGCUGCGUCAGACACAGUAUUUUUGCUGGCAUAGAGCUCAGACUAGUGCUCUACCCAGCGGGCCAGUUGUUUUGAGCGGUCAGAGACUGUUUCUCCCGUGGCUGAUUUUAGUGAAGAUGUGCGAGGUGAUGGUCCGAGUGCCUUUUUGAUGCCGACGCACAUGCCUCUGUAAUGUUGCCUGUGUCAGCUGAUGUGUGGAUGUCUUUGCAGAGCUGCAGCUAGUAAUCGUUAGCACAGCCUCUUGAGACUUGCUGGAGUUUCUUUCUCGCCGCUCUGAGAGCAUUUAGGGUCUUGCCAUUUCGGGUACAUUUAUAAUUGGUGAGGGCAAUGAGCUUUUAUUCCUGGAUGGGAGUCAGUUCCACUGAAUUGGCUUCAAAGCAGUCGUUUGACUUUCUCAGCUUUUUGCCAAAAAGCUGUCAAGGCCGUGCUGUUCCAUUUCUGCUGGGCAUAGUGGGAUUGGGGUGUGUGGGGAAGUGAUUCCUCUAGGGCAUAGGGAGGCUGCAGCUUUUGUUGGGUCAGCUGUUUUGCUGCUGUCGAUGUGGGGGGCUCUUUCUUGUUUGGCUCUGUGUAUCUUUUUUUCUGUAGCUUGACUUUCCAGCACACGAGGGAGUGGUGAGUGUCACAGUCUACACUGUGGGAACUGCGGGUUUGGAGAAUGCCUGGAAGAUCGGCUCGUUGUGUUAGGAUCAGGUCCAGCUGGUGCCAGUGAUCUGACCGUGGAUGUCUCCAGGUUUGGUCUGGAAGUCUGAGUUGGUGAUGCAUAAGUUGUGGCAUGUGCAGAACUUGGAGUCGCUGGCCAUUCUCAUCCAACUUACCAAUGCCAUGGUGUCCCAAAAAAUAUGGCCAGGAGUCAUGGUCUGCACCAACUCUAGCAUUGAAGUCACCAAGCAGGUAAAGCUGCUCAUGUUUGUGUUGGAGCAAACACGCUCACCAGGUGGACAGGUCCCAUGGUGGUGUUCAGCAGAGGGCUAAUAUUCUAUCUGAGCCACCUGUGGGUGGUAGCAUUGCUUCCAGCAGGGUGUUCCUGACCACAAAACCCACUCCAUAUUCCCUGGUUUCCUUGGGGGGCUUACCCUGCCAGAAAAAAAUGUGUAGUCCUUUUCCCUCCGGGAGCCUGAUGAGUGGAGUUGGGUUUCCUGUAGGGUGCAAAUGUCAAUUUGUUAUUUCUGGUGUUCGUUAUUUAUGACUGCAGUCUUGCAGGCAUCGCUUGUUUCUAGUAGGUUGUCGGUUAGUACAUUUGGCAUAGACCCGACGUUCCAGCAUCCCAGACAUAAUGCUGGUGUCUUCACUUUCGCUGCACAGUGAGGCUGGAGUUUCCUCUCCAGGGCACAGAAAGCCUGGGCAAGGUGUAUGGAGGCCCUGUGUUGCCCAGGCAACAUGGCUCCCCUCUCGGCCUCCCUGGCGUAAUCCAAAGGAAGGGGGGUGGCGCUUGGGAGUAAUCGGUGGUGGCGCUGCUGCUGCUCUCGGGUCCACGCUCGACUUCUUCAUCUCGCUCGUUUGGCUCGAGAGAAGCGAUAUGGGAGGGGGGAGACCUCCACAAGGCCUCACAGCAGAGGUCACAAACGGGUUUUGAUUCCUUACCCGUACCCGGCCGCACUAGGCUCGCAAAUGGGUACCCGUACCCGGCCAGGUACGGGUACCCGUUCCCUACCCUACCCGAAAUGAGUGACAAACGGUUACUCACCAGUGACUCACGGCCUACCCGUACCCGUAGGCCGUGAGGUACGGGUAGCCGGGUAUCGGGUAGGGUACGGGUAUCGGGUACCCGAUUGCGACCUCUGCCUCACAGCCUCGAUCUUGCUUCGCGCCUCGCCCCCAUGGGGUCUGGGGGGCGGCCGGCCCGGCCCCACCUUGGCCCGGGGUAGGGCCCCGGUCAACAGUCCGAGCUUCGCUUUACACAGCCAUCGUCCGUGCUCUCUCACCCGAUGGGGAGUAAUACCCAGCGGCAAACGUCGCCUCCCCCACGACGACAAUGUGGCAGGAGCCUCCUGAAGACGAGUCGUGAGACUCGGUGAGGCUCUCCUGGAAUAAAUGAGUGUAGCAAUGAAAUAAUUACGAGUCCCUGAGCCACAAUGGACUUUUCGACUUGUUUUAAAUGUAUACUCGCAUGUUUUACUCGCAUAGUAAUGGUCCCAGUUCUCCUUUUUGAAUGCAUCUCAGUGGGCAUUCGCCAGCUUUAAGUGAAGUGUCCAAAACGAUGGCACCUAUCAUAGACUGUAGUCGAAUAAGCACAUUGACAUCAGGGAUUUGCGUGUUAAUAACUAAGCCGAUACAUAUCAACCUGUAUGUACUUUUAAGUGUUCCGUGCUCGAAACACCUCAAACCUCCCUCUCUCGCCCCCCCCCCACCCACGUCUUACCACGCACUGUGAACUAUAUUUCGUCGUGGCCACAGGUGGUAAUUGAUGUCACGUAGGGAUGCUCAAAGCAUCAAUCUGCAAAGCUUUCGAGCAAACUCGGCCACGGCGUCAAGGCGGACGGGACGAUACUUGGCGGACUUGUAGGGGGAAUAACAAUAAAAAAACCCCAACGGCAAAAAAUAUAUAACAAAAUACAUCGGAAUGGUGAAAACCUAACCUUGUUAAAUAUUGUUUGUAAAAUUUUCAACCGCUUCGGGGCUAGUCCACCUAUGAAGGAAAGAAAGGGAGGUGGGGAAGGUGGGUGCCGAAUUAUACGGGGCAAAAGCCACCAAGUUCAGUGGCCACAAUUUCUUGGGAUAAGAAACGAGCUGUGCAGGGCCUGGCGUCCCCGGCUCGGCACGGCUCGGCACGGCUCGACACGGCACGGCUCGGCACGGCUCGGCACGGCUCGGCACGGCUCGGCUCGGCACGGCUCGGCUCGGCACGGCUCGGCACGGCACGGCUCGGCAUGGCUCGGCUCGGCUCGGCGGUCUGCGUUGCAGUGGCCGUCGAAAUGCAGCACAUUUCUCUGGGACUCGUGGGAACGACUGUCCGAGCUUCCACAACAGCGAAGGUAGCACAAUCACGAGCUGCUGCUGCUGCUGCUGAAGGGGCCACUGGAUUUUAUCGGAGUUUGAUCAGUCAGGGGAGUGGGAGGGGGGGCUCACGUGUAAUUUAUUACAUUCCCAUUGCAUAGAACUUUACAAUGAACUGUAAUUUUAAUGUUGCAUAGUCGCUUAUUUUUUUAGUAAUUAAAAAUUCCAACUACAACGGAAUGUGGCAAUAUUUGGAUGAGCUGUGGAAAUAAAAGCUAUAAUUACAUGUGUUUGCACGUUUUAGUCGGGGUACAGUGAGAUAUUUUAAAGGCUCGAGUCGUCGACCGAAUGCAUUUGUCGUGUGCACACUGGACCCCACCAUAGCAACGUGGAACUUCCUCAAGGUCACGAUGGGAGAUCAGCACUGCACAGCUGCUGACUGAGCAGCAAAAUGGGUGGUUUAGAGACGAGAUGUAUGCCCACAAUUGAACGUGAACAAUUAUUUGGUGACCCUGCCGCUGCGUUGGCGUACAGGCACAAAUUAACCAACAAAGAUUUGGUUAAAAAAAAAAGGUUUGUAAUGCACACACUUUUAUUUGCAUGCAAAAGUAGACGAAAAAUA